UUUCAAAUUUUGAAUAAAUAUUCUCGUCAUUUUGUCAAAAAGAAACCCUUUCGAAACUGAUGGAAUCGGUGGAGCAGGAUGGCGAGCAGGUCAAUCGGGACGACUUAAUCCUACAGCAGCAGCGUGAAAUCGAGCGGGAGAUCAGCGAUUCAACACCUUUGGUCAGCGACCAAUUGCCGUUGACCUGCUUGACCGCCGAGUACGAUGGGGAUGCGGUUUUCACGGCCAAGAUUCAGACCUUGGCUAGCAAAUAUAAGUAUAUGCGAAGAACUCGUCCCGACGGCAACUGCUUCUUCAGAGCCUUUGCCUACUCCUAUCUGGAGUGGUUGAUCUCGAAUAAAGCUGCCUACGACAAGUUUCGCUCGAUUGCAGAGACCUCGAAGGAUAAACUGAUUCAAUUGGGAUUUCCAAGCUUCACGUUGGAAGAUUUUCAUGGAACUUUUAUGGAAGUUAUUAAUAGAGUUAAUCCGCACAAUCCUGGUGGAGUCGAGAAGAAUCAGAACGAGCUUCACACCAUCUUCAACGAACAAGGCUAUUCGGAUUAUGUGAUUGUCUAUUUACGUCUGAUGACCUCCGGCAAACUGCAGGAGGAUGCCGAAUUCUAUCAGCACUUCAUCGAGGGUGACAUGACCAUUGAAGAGUUUCGCCAUCAGGAAGUGGAGCCAAUGUUCAAGGAAUCGGAUCACAUACACAUCAUCGCACUCUCCUCUGCCCUCGGUGUGGGCGUGCGUGUCGAAUAUCUGGACAGAGCCGAGGGCGGCACUGUCAAGGCACACGACUUUCCCGAGGGAGCUCAGCCUAUGGUUUUUCUUAUCUACAGACCUGGACACUAUGAUAUACUCUAUCCGAACUGAAUUCGGCUAGCUCGACAAUUACUUGC